GCAAGCUCUUAAACCCUUCCCCUCGCUCUCUCCGGCCGGAAGGCCAAAAAAAUGUCCUCUCGCCUCGUUCGCGUUCCCCAAUGUCUCUCCCGCCUCUUCUCCUCCUCCGGAAACCCUAACCCUAAUCCCUACCCGAAGCGCCUGAAGACCACCGUCAAUUACCUCUUCCGGGAGCACAACCCCGACAAGCUCGUCGCCGCCUUCAAGAAGUCCUCCGAGUCCUACCGCUUCCGCUGCAAGCACCGCAUCUACGAGAUCACCGUCCGCCGCCUCGCCGCCGCCGGCCGCCCCGACGCCGUCGAGGCCAUCCUCGAGGAACAGAAGCGCUAUCCCGACGAUAUCGCCCGCGAGGGCUUCGCCGUCCGCCUUAUCUCCCUCUACGGCAAGGCCGGCAUGCCCGCCAACGCCGCUGCCACCUUCGACCAGCUCCCCGCCCUUGGCUGCCCCCGCUCCGUCAUGUCCUUCAACGCCCUCCUCAGCGCCUGCGCCGACGCCGGCGACUCCGACCGAAUGGCCGCAGCCUUCCGGGAGAUCCCUGCUGCCGACCCCUCCAUCGUCCCCAAUGUCUUCUCCUACAACAUCCUCAUCCGCGUCCUCUGUGAAAAGGGCGAUCUCGAUGCGGCCUUCGAUGUAUUGAGCCUCAUGGAGAACAAUGAGGUCGCCCCUGAUUUGAUCUCCUUCAAUACUCUCUUGAAUGGUUUCUAUUCAAACAGGAGAUUCUCCGACACUGAAAAAAUUUGGACUUUAAUGGGUGAGAAAAAUAUCGAGCCGGAUAUCAAGAGCUUCAAUGCAAAGCUGAGAGCACUGGUUUCAGAAGGGAACACUUCGGAGGCAGUGGAGCUUGUCGAUGAAUUGAGUCGGGUUGGACCAAAGCCCGACACUUUCUCUUUCAAUGCUCUGAUCAAAGGGCACUGCCAAGACGGGAACUUGGAAGAGGCCAAGAGGUUGUACCUGGAUUUGACGAACAAUGGCUGUGCUCCCAACAGGGGGACCUUCGAGACACUGAUCCCUAGUCUUUGUGAGGCUGGGGACCUCGACCUGGCUCUCAAAUGUUGUAACGAGAGCAUGAGCCGCCGCUGUGUUGUGGAUGCGUCAAUGUUGCAGGAGGUGGUGGAACGGCUGGUUAAGUUGUCGAGAGUGGAGGAGGCUAAGAAGCUUGUGGAGCUUGGGCGGAGGAAUUAUUAUUCACGAAAGGACCUGAGAAUGCCUUCCCCAUCUUGAGUCUCCCAGGAACGAUACUUGCACUAAUUAGUGUUGCUAUGCAUUUGGCGUUCUCCAAGGUUAUUGUUGUUGCUUGCAACUUGAUGUAAAUCUUUGAUCGACUUAGGUCCGUCUUUAGUCCAUCUAUCUGUUGUCUUUUUUCUUUCAUUUAAAGCUCUCUAUUUUGUAGUCAUUAUGAAUUUCUGUGUCCUUGCUUAUUCUUAUUUAGGAAAAAGAAUAAGAAACACUGUUGGAAGUCUGUGACUUUAGGAAAAAGUUGCAAGAAACACUGUUGGAAGUCUGUGACUUUUCUAUCAAUCAGUUGAUUAGCAUGUAACCCAUAGGCCAUCUAAUCUAGAAAUUAGAGCUCUUUUAUCUUUCCCACUAGGAAAAGGUCACUUAUAUCCACUUAACUCAUGCAUUGUGACAUGAGGACCAAACCCGGACAUUUCUCUGAAAAGCACCAUGCAAGCAAUUGCCUUCUUGUAUGCCUAAGAGGAGUGCUAUCUUCAAUCUGAUGCUAGUUGUCCCUGUUAAAAAUAUAAGAUGGAAAAAAAAGCAAGAAGAACUUAUUCUUAUUCAAUGCCAGACUACUUGAAAAAUGUAAAAAGUGCUUCAAUUGCAAAUUAUGCUGUUCCAUGUAUCUUAGAGUUUAAAACUAAGAUUGAUCCAACUCCCAACUUUAUUGCCAAAAGAAGAACAGAAUUGUUUAAGGAGUGAAUGAUCAAGUAUCUCUUUGGUCACUUAAGUGAACUUUUGGAUUAACUUACAAAUUAUGCAUGUGACUCUGACCCGGUGGUCACUGCCUUCUGGGAGACCCCCUCUGCUGACCCCUCUAUAGUCCCCAGGCUCAUCUUCUACAACAUCCUCAUCCACGCCCUCUGCGAAAAAAGCAAUCUUGAUGCAGCAUUUGAUGUAUUCAGCCUCAUGGAGAAGAUGGGGUUGCCCUUGAUUGGAUCUCCCCCCCCCCCCCGGGACAGGUUCUAUUCAACAAGAGAUUCUCCAAUGCUGAAAUGAUUUGGGGACUUUAAUGGGUGAGAAAAAUAUCUUGCCGGAUAUAAAGAGCUUCAGGUUUCGGAAGGGUAGACUUCAGAUGCGGUGGAGAUCAUCGAUGAAUUGAGGUGGGUCGGACCAAAGCCCGACAUGUUCUCCUUCAAUGCUCUGGCCAAAGGGUCCUGCCAAGUUGGGAACUUGGAGGAAGCCAAGGGGUUGUGGGACCUUUAAAACCAUGAUCCCCAGCUUUUGUAAGGCUACAAAGUUCGACAUGGCUCUCAGUUGUAGUAAUGAUAGUCAUAGUAUGAGCCACCAGCUUGUUGUGGAUGUGGCAGUAUUGCAGGGGGUGGUGGAUGGGCUGGUUAAGGUGUCUAAAUUGGAGGAGCCUAAGAAGCUCUUGCGCAGCUUGGGCGAAUGAUUAUUAGUCAUGAAAGGACCUGAGGAUGCCUUUGUCAUCGUGAGUCUCAUAUGUAUAUCCAUCUUCUCAUUGUUGUAAUUCAUGUUAUGUGAAUUAUGAGGCAUUAGAUUUGCAGUUUUGAUGCUUGGGACCUAAUCAGAUAUUGUUCUAUUAAAAAAACAAUUUUUUCCAUUUUAACAAGCAUACGAUGUUCCUUUUCUAGCAAUCUUACUUGCAUUAGUUAGCAUUGGUGUUUAAUUGGUGAUCAUUGAGGUUUGCUUUAACUGCAUUUUAGUUUAGAACUUUGAUCGACUUAGGUCUGUUUUUAAUUAUCUCUGUAUCUUUACCAUCUAUUUCCCUUUUAAGUAAAAGCUCUUUAUUUGUAGUACUAUAAACAUUUUUGACAUUGUUUGAGAUCUCAACUAAAGGAAGGAAUUCCAAGAUGCCCGGUUGGGAAUCUGUAGCAGUUCUAUCAAUGCCUAAACUAUCUUAGGUCAACUUUUGAUUUAAUUUGCUGACAUAAUCCACUGACCUGUUGAUCCAUUGACUGAUCAUGACAAUAAGAUAGAAAUGGAUGUUAAUACUCUGCUGUUCUGCUUGAUUAUACCACAA